AACAACAACAAACGAUAAACCCCCCACAAAAAUUAAAUAAAAAAAUUAAAAUAAAUUAAAAUCCUCCCCCAGAAAAAAGGCAAAAUUUUUACAGAAGUUUUUUGUGUAGUAUAGCAGAGAAACAAAACCUGAAAGAGAAUGAAGGCGUGUUAAGGAGGAAACCAACAUAAAUCCCACAAAAUUUUAAGAAUUGGGUUCUAAUUUUGUCAUUAUUUCUCUCUCUCUAGAAAUCCCAGCUCAGUUCUUCACAGUUGUAGAGAGAGAAAGUGAGAAUUUGUGGAGUUGAAGCUUUAAUCUGAUCUAUAGUUCCCAUUUUGUGUUUUUCUUGGUUUGAAGCAGAUCCAAGUGGUUUUGAUUCCAGAAUGUUUGCAACCUUCAUCAAAUUUUGAGGGGAUUUGAUUCAAAUGCUUUGGACUUUGGAGUAUUUCUGGUAGAGUUUCUAAAUUGGCAUAUUGAAUAGCUGGUUUGGCUGAAGCUUUUAUGGAAUUGUAUCAUCAUUCAAGGAAGGCUGGCUCAGUGAGGUUCUGAUUAAGAGAACUGUUUGCCAGUGCAAGUUAUUAAGCACGGCAAAUUACUGUUUUCCAGCGCGAGUUAUUAAGCACGUGGACGGAGUUUGAAGUUUUCUUUGUAUGGAUUGUAUUGUGUGACUUAUAGCAAAGGGAGUUUAAGGCAUUGAGGAUGCCUCCUUCUCCAUCCUUAAGGCGUUCGCCUGUUGGUGGUCCUCAUAAUGAUAUCCAUAAGAGGGGGCGCAGUUUUGAAACCGGACUAUCUUUUAAAGAAAGAGAUGAUGAUCUUGCUCUAUUCAAUGAAUUGCAGAGCAGAGAAAAUGAGAAUUUUCUUCUUCAGUCGGCGGAUGAUUUUGAUGAUUUAUUAUCUUCCAAAGUGAAGUCUUUCACAGAUUUAAAGCUUGGAAUCAAUAUUCCUGCUCGAGGAGAGAGCAGUGAUCUGCUCAAUGCGGAUGGUGAUAAGAAUGAUUAUGAAUGGUUAUUGACUCCUCCAGACACUCCUCUCUUUCCAUCAUUGGAUGAGGAUCCUGCUCCCGAUAACCAUGUACAUAUUGGUAGAGCUCGAACCCGGCCCAUCUCCAUUUCAAGAUCAUCUACCAUGGAGAGAAGUCAGAGAAGCAGUAGAGGUAGUCCUAGUCCGCAGCGUUUGAGCCCAUCUCCUAAGUCUAGUAGUAGUACACUUAGGGGAAGGACAUCUUCAGCUCCUCAUACAAGUCCCGUUUCAUUACGGGCCAGUCCUCCAUCAAGAAGACCAUCCCCUCCCCCAAUCAAGCCUUCAACACCUCCUUCAAGAUCUUUAACACCAACUUCUCGGAGAACAACUGCUGGAUCUUCUGAUAUGAGGGGUACAUCCCCUGUAAAUACAAGCCGUGGUAAUUCCGCAUCACCGAAAAUAAGGGCAUGGCAGUCGAACAUUCCCGGUUUCUCCUUAGAGGCACCUCCGAAUCUCCGAACUUCUUUGGCGGAUAGACCUGCAUCAUAUGUUCGGGGAUCUUCACCGGCAUCUAGGGCAAGCAGAGGCAGGCAAUCAAGGUCACCGACUGCUACCAGAAGCAUCGGUUCAUCACAUAGUCAAGAACGAGAUAGAUACAGUAAAGGUUCUAUAGCAUCAUCAGGUGAUGAUGAUGCAGACUCUUUGCAGUCCACUCCUUUGAGUGUCUCUGAGCAGCGUCCAAUGCCAAGAAAGGGAGCAGCCAGUGGUUAUUCCAGUGGCAGACCAUUGGCUUACUCUAAGAAACCUACAAAGACGAUGUCCCCAAGUUCUGCUCCAAAGAGAUCAUUUGAUUCAGCAAUGCGGCAAAUGGAUCGAAAAAGUCCUCAGAAUAUGUUCAGGCCACUUUUAUCAAGUGUCCCCAGCUCUACCUUCUAUGCUGGAAAAGCCAGUUCCACCCAUCGCACUAUGAUAUCAAGGAACUCUUCAGUUACCACCAGUAGUAACGCUAGUUCUGACCUAGCAAUAAGCGGGGCACAUGAUACUGAAGAUGACGGGGCAAGUGAAUAUGCUAGGGCACCUUUCUCUGAUAUUCAUGACGAGGUAUUUGCAUUUGAAAAGACGGAUAAUGCUACAAAGGAGGGCGUUAGGGAUGAAGGAAAUGGUGCAUUAACAACGGAACAUGUUGAACCUGGUAAUAGCUCAUUUGCUUCUAAGGCUGGUGAUGAAGCUGUUGCAGUGGAUGUGCGGUAUAAUAUUGCGAAAAUUGAUAGCCAUGAAAAUGUAUUACUCUGUUGUCGAUGUGACAACCAGUAUCAUCCUAUUGAGGUUGCGGAAAAUGACGAUAAUAUAUGUCCUGAAUGCAAACAGAAAGAAGAGUUGUUGAGCAACCCUAAAAUAAGUCCUUCAAUGAAUGUCUUUGAGGAAUCGCAUGUAACACAUUCUACACUUGAAGCCGAGGAUCAGGUCAAUCAACCAAGGGAAAGUUGUCUGGAAAAUUCUCUUACAAUGUCAGUGGAGGAGGAAAGUAUGAAGAUGCUUUCUGAGCAGUUAAUAACUGAAGAACACACAACUGUUAAUGAUCCGUCUCAUACAGCUAACAGUUUGCAGGAGAUGCAAAAUUGUAGUGAGAAAACAAACAGGAAUAUGAAUGUUGCAGAAGGUGCUGGUAUUUCACUUCUACUAUUGAAUAGGUCAAGUAGUUACAAGGGGCCUUUGAUUCAUGGUAGGACCAUAAACAGCAGUGCUAUAUCUUAUGAUGAUCUAUCUUACGCCAGAGACUUGACUAGUUCGAUGAGGAGUUCUAUCGGUCAUGGUAGUUUCUCUGCUACAUCUUCCAUGGAUUUGACCUCAGGUACAGGUAGACAUGUUGUGCAGAGACAAUUCAGUGGCAAGAGAUCUGAUGCAAGCCCAAGACAUCAUCAGAGAACAGGAUCUUCACUUUCAGGGGCAUCUUUGCCGGUUUAUCAACAAUCAACAAGCUCACGUGAUGGAAGUUGUGAAGGAUCUGUCACCAACAUGAGGCAUAUUGUUGCAGUGGAUAGACCUGGAUCGCCUUCUGAUCAAAUAGUAGAAAUUACAGGAUUGCAUGAUGAUGCUGUUCCAUCAAUUUCCGGAGUGGGAAACAAUGACAUGCACAUGAUUUCUCGGGAAACAGAUCUCGAAUCUGACCAUAUGGUAAGCUCCGAGUUCGAGGGAAAAUCUCGAGGGGAUGUUGAAUUAGAAAAAGAUCUAGGAAAUAUCCGAAAUUUAGAAGAGACUGCAUUUGUUGAAUCUUCUAUGGAAGAAGAAAAUAUAGUGCCAGGAAACAGGGUAAACCACGUGGGAGAUGCAGAAGAUCCCGCUGAAUGUUCUGUAUCUACAAUGUCUGAAAUUGAAAUUAACGAUUCUCAUCCUAGCUCACCAAAGUCACAAAUUGAUAUGGUCUCCAGGGAAGAUUUGGAAGAUCCUUCAUCUACCACACAUUAUAAUGACGAUGAAGUUAAGGAUUCAUCUCCGAAGUCCACUGAAUCAAAUCAUGCUUAUGGGAAUGCAGAAGAAUCUACCGUGACAAUGGAAGAACAAGGCGGGGGAAGAACAAAAUGUCCGACACUAGAAGAAGCAACCGAUACAAUUCUGUUUUGCAAUUCCAUAGUCCACGACUUAGAUUGUAUUUCCAUUAAGAAAGAAAAAGAGAACCUAGAGCCAUUGGAAGGUUCUAGACCAACGGUUACUAUCCCAGAAAGGCGUAGCUCUGAUCAUCGUGGAUUUACCAGUAACAAAACACCGAAAACUCAGAAAACCAGAAAAGGGCGGAUACCAGAAACCGAGGUAAAACCUCCUCCUCUCACUGAAAAUGAUGAGAGGUCAAAUGAACAUGAACGGGCCGUAGUUAGGAAUGUCGGGCUUCCUAGCAGUAAUAAUGCAGAUAGCAUGAAACCUCCCAAAUUGGAAUCCAAGUGCAACUGCACUAUAAUGUGAGAUUUUCUUUGCAAGUUUUGGUUUGUUUUGGGGGGUUUUGUUGGUUUGAUAAUUGCAAAUUUUCCACAUUAUUUUGUAACACCAGUUCGUACGUACCACGGUUCGUGUGGGUGCAUAAUCUUGUAAAGUUUCUUUGUUCAAAUUAGGCUGAUAUUAUUAUUAUUAUUAUUAGAGAGAGCCAAGAGGCAAUUAAGGGUAUGUUCUUGCUCCAUUUAAUUACCACUUGAAUGGGUUUAGCUACAUUCAAUUAUUUUCAGGUUUGAUUAGAUGAUGAUGAUGUUGUCAUAUUUGUUUCAUUUGAUCCAUCAGCUGUAAGAGCUGGAAUAAAUAAAAAAGCAAUGAUUUUAUCUUGGCUUGUCA